GCCAAUUUAAUUUUAAGGCAACCAUUUUUAGCAGAUUUUUGAGUUUUUUCAAGUUCAUGCAAACAUAAGUUAAGAAAACUCAAACAAAAAAAAAAUAAUUUUACAGUGCACUACAAUAUUAGGCAUUUGUUAGUGCUAGUUAAGCACAUAUUAAUGCCUUAUUCUACAUGACCUUAUUGUAAAUCCCUACUCCUACCCAAUACCUAAACUGAACAACUACUACACUAACUAUUAAUAAGCAGCAACACACACAUAAAAUAUACAAAAUAUACAACACACACACUGAAACAUUAUAGCCAACAAUUUCUCAGCAAUCUCGUUUUGCCAAUAACGUAUAAUGAACAUACAAAUGAAAGCUCUUUAAUUAUCUCCGUCUCUCCUUUCCAAAUGUGUGUCUAAUAUGGCUGGCUGAACUCUAGCAAAUAAACUUUGACCCUUUAAGACUUUUUCUUCUGCCUGACAGAUUCUGAAUGACAGACAACAGCUGUUUAAACAAUCAAAAGCCUGUCUAUCUUUAAAAAAAACUGACAUGGCCACAAACAAAGGUGACACUGGUCAUAACACAACUUUCCAUUAACCACAAUGACGCCUCUAUUACAAACUUGCACAGCCCCGACUAAAUUCCUGUCUGUGGCCAAAUCGCUAUAUCGGAGGUUAUAGUUAGUUUAAAAUAGGAAGAGUUUGGCAAAAAAUACCAGACGUUUUAUAUUGUUUUAUUUUGGUUUUUUAUGACUGAACCACAUUUUCAGAUUGUUACACGUAAUCUAGACUUUGUCGAACAUGGCACACCAAACACAUAGGAAAAAUAAACAUCAAAGAAUGAAAAACAGAUGAAAGAUGAGGAGAGUGAGGGGUUAAACUCAGGCUGGGGAAACCUGAUGCUAAUUAAGUCUUUGGAAUGCCACAUAAGGGCUGCGUCCUUAAACUUAGAGAGCUGCCUAACUAGACAGCAUUUUUAGCCAUGAUUAGCAGGUACAACAGUUUUGAGACAUUUUAGAAUGAAACUGCUGCAAAUGUGCAUGCAGCACAUUUGGGUUUAAUUAGCUCACGGAGCAAUCUGGCACACAUGUUUUGGGAACUAUGUAUGUAUGAGAAGAACAUUUCCAUCUAAAUACUUCUAAAAGAGAACGCCUGUCUCAAAAUUAAACUGAGCUAUAUACCUAAACUGCAUUUUUGGCCAACAUAGCAUUCGUAGCAAGGGUCUGUGAUGUCCAGAUUUGCCAAAAAUUACGUUAUUGCACAUAUGAUGCUCAAAAAUACUGCAUGUGUGCAUGCUUGAUGUGUCACAAAUAUGAUACCUAAAAAUGUUGCAUGUACAUAUGAUGUCUAAAAUGUUGCCUAUAUAGGGAACUCACUCAUUUUUGAGACCCAGCCCAUGACAUUCUCCUUCAGAAGUGUUUAGAGUGGCUCACACACAUACACACACACACACUGCAGCGGAGGAGAGAUGCUCACCUCCUGCUGUUUAUAUUUUUACUGACAUUCCAACAGAAGACAGCUGCAGGUGGAUAAGUGAUUAAACAAUGCCAUCAUCCAAAAAUUCGUUUUUUUUCUUGGUGUACGUAUUAUGCACGUUCCGCGAUGCGCGCUCGGGGGACUUUGGAGACCCCAGACCCUGCUCUGGAUCACACUGCCCGGGGGGCAGAUCGUCCAGACCACAGCGACAGCACAAUCCGACAACACAGAGCAGAUCAAUAAAUCACCAUCAUGCUCCCUCCGGCUUUUCAUCGGAACAUCACGCAACGCUUCUGUCCCAGCGCGCGCGGUCUGGAGACCAGACAAGGGAAACCGUCCAGACGCGCGUCGCUGGAGUUUUUGGUCCUGUGUGCGCAGACUGCGUUACGCCUCAAAGACCAGAUCAUGUUGUAAACGACACCAGAGAAUGUAAAGGAAUCGAGUGCCGUCUGCCUCCGAAGAUACGACCGAACCCCAGAUCGAGACCCUGUGCUGGAGACGGGUGUGUUCUCGGGACCAGCCAGCCUCCCCUCAUCCAUGUGGCAGACAGAGCCGCUCAGUUUUUGGGGGAAUUUCCGGACAUUGGAUAUCCCGCAUCAGAGAGUGUGGCUCCUCUGGGAGUUCAGCUCACUUGUGACAUCAAACCAGGAGAGAAUGAGGUCCCUGCUGAGGAUGCACUUAUCCUUCAUCUACAGCUGGCAAAGGGACAAGAGAAGCUGGUGGAGGCUUUGAAAGCUCAACAAGUAGUAAUCCGUGAUCUGCAGCAAAGACUGGUGGAACAGCAGGGGGCCCUCCUCUCACAGCAACGCGAGAUACUCGACCACCAACGCCGCAUGUACGAGCAGAUGGAUGUGGUGAAGGCUCAGUACGGUCUGCUUUCUGAGACUGUCAAGCAAUUCUCAUUCCAAGGUUUGCAGGGAGAACUGCAAAGCUAUUUUGAAAGCCACCUGGCCGGCCUUCAGAGCCAAGCACGUAGCCAACUGCAAAAGUCCUAUGCUGUGCAUAAGGUAGAUGUGGAUGCCAAAGUGGUGAAUGUAGUUGGAGAUGCAGGGCACCCAGUGUUAGGCUGUCAAAUUGCUUGUGGGCCUGAAGAAUACUGCGACUUCCAGAAGGAUCCACCACAGUGCGAAAGGUGCACUAUGUGUCCUCCUGGAUUCUUCCUGGUGUCACAGUGCUCCCCGAAUGCUGAUAGGACCUGCCAGGACAGAGAUGAAUGCCUAGAAUUACCAAGCCUGUGUGGAGAGCGAGUAAAAUGUGUUAACACCCCAGGUGGGUUUCGUUGUCAUGGUGUCUCUGAGAGGGAGAUGUUGGGAGGGUUGUGUGGUCAUGAGUACUUCUACGAUCAAGAACUUCAAGAGUGCCAGGCUUGUUCAGACUGUGAUGGCGAGCCUGUUGGCAUUCCUUGUACUUUUACCAGUGAUGCUGUUUGUGGAACGGUGUCUGACAACAUGCUUUCGCAGUCUUGGACAGCUUCCAUUGUCAUACCACCUACAAAGUCAAAGAGUACUUCCAUAUAUCCCGGACUACAGCUCAAUAUUCGUGGCAAAGCAGGAAACAACCUGCUGACUAACCAUGAUGAUUACCUCAACCUGCAACAACAUGGACUGGUCUGGAUAGACUACAACUUUGCAUUAAAGCAUAGCUGCAGGAACUUUCUCCAAGUUGGGAUACAGAUAAAUGGCAGUGAAGAGGAGGGUAGAGACCUCAGCGGGGUUCGAAUUGAGCAACCAGAAAGGAAGUUCUACCAGGGUGUGACUGUAAGUGCAGCAGUUGAGGUGGAACCCAAUCAUACUCUGACAGUCGUGCUGAAGAGUCCCAACCAGUACUGCAACCAGAGUAAAGAUAUUCAAGCCUAUGAACUUGGAGGAGCUUCGUUCAGCUUGCUCUGGUUAUCCCAUGAUACCGGCGCUGUGGCCAUGACUGCUCAGAUGUCCACAGCAGCUCACUACCAGAGUAACUAUCGUCCCACCUUCCGUAUAGCCACUGUCUCUGAUCCCUACAUAGUGGCACUUACCCAUGACAGCCGUGGGGUACGUUUCAUGGAGACUGGUGUGGUGAAGUUUGUACUUCAACAGGCUAUCUAUUCAAUGGGCCAUGCCUGUAUUCGAGAAGGUUUCUCACUGAUUGCCUAUGUCAACAGAAAUGGCACUAACCAGGAGGUGCUACGCUCCUUCAAGUCUGGUGUUAACUACAGAGACACCUCAAUCACUCUUUCUGGGGCCACAAAGGUUGACAGUGAAGACUGGCUCAAUUUUGAAAUCAUCGCCCCAUCUCAGUGCAAUGUCCGCUACUUUGGUGAUAGUUCUGGGAUUAGUAUGCUGAGUUUGAUAUGGAUCCCUUCCACUGUCUCCUCCAUGUUCACAGCCACUGUCUCAAGAACAGGUCUACCCUCUGGGGCAGUACGAAAUAAACCCCUGCUCUUUAGGCAGAUUAGCCUCAAUACAGACCAAAUGCGACUAGCUAGGACAGGUGAACCACAUGCUCAGAGGAACUUUGUGUUUUCGGAGGCUGGGACUGUCAGUGUGGCACUCAACCUAAAGCUAAUUCACUCCUGCAGUGUGGUCAAGCUGACCCUUUACAAGCAAGGUACUGAUAGAGGUCAGGCCACUUCCUUGGCUCAGCAGGUGGGUGGUCAUAUGCCUGAAGGUAGUGAGUGGGCUAGCGUGGGGCUAAGAACUUCUUUCGAAGUGCAAAACGGUACUGCCAUUUAUGUUUCUCUGGACUGCAUUCGUGGUCGAAUAAACCAGAUCACCCAUGAGGGAGGCACCAACAUCUCCAUUCUUUGGUUGGCGUCAUGAUCCCAAGUAUACAAUAUUAGAUCUAAGGUACCGUAUUUAAGUAUUACAUUUAACUGGUGCUUUCCUAAGACAAAGUAUAAAACUCGAUGGACUUUCCAAAAUGGUUCAUUUGUAAUAGCUGAUGCACAGGUGCUAUUAGUGUAACUCACCCUCAUGUCGUUCCAAACCCGCAAGACCUUUAUUCCUCUUCGGAACACAAAUGAAGAUAUUUUUGAUGCAAUCGGAAAGCUAUCUGACCCUCCAUAGACAGCAACACAACUGAAAUGUUCCCAUUUCCAGAAAAUUUGUAAAGACAUCAGUAAAACAGUCCAUGUGACUGUUCAGUGAAGAUUUUUUGUGCAAAGAGAACAAAAAUAACAAUUUACUCAAUCAUUCUUCUCCCCCGAUUUACAUCUUCCACCAUUUUAUAGAGGAUCACAGCGCAUAUGCGCACUUACCCUCUGAACAUAAAAAAUGCUGAUUAUGUCAAAUACAUUUUUAACUACUCUUCAAAAUGGUGGGAUUAAGACAUUGCGGUGAACUAACCCUUUAAUACUCAUCUGGUAUUCAGAUUUAAUGUGUGUUAUGUGAGGAGCAAGGAGGGAUGUGUUAUUAUGUAACAAAUUAGUUUGACAACCUAUGAAUACAUUUUUUUUUUUUUUUGUUUUUUUGCCUGGAACAAGGAACUAAUAUAUCCUUUAAAAAGUACUCUUUCAGUGCUUUAGCUGGUUGAGCAGUGACCAAUUUCUCCCAAGGGAGUUAAGGUUUUUCAUAUCUGUUUGAUUUGGAAUCCAUGUAAAUGUGUGCAUACAGUAUUUUGAGUGUUUGAUAGAAAGUGUGUUUGUUAAAGAGAAGAAUGUGUAUUUGUGAGUAUAUGUGAUGAAUUUGCUGCACUUUAUCAAUCCUGAAGUGCAGUACGUUGUACAGUGCACAGUUUUGUUUUUACCUUUUUGAAACAACUGGGAUUCAAAUAAUCUUGAUCUAUAUAAAAGAUUAUAGAAAUCAAAACAUAAUGACAUAUAACGAAAUCAUUAUGCAUCUUUCAGCUCUUGGAUAUUUAUAUUUAGUACUAUGGAUGAAUACUGCUGACCAUGAUGUCUUAUCAUUUUAAUUUAUAUGAAAAAAAAAAUACAAAACAUUGACAAAUUUCUCCAUUUAUGCUAAGUCACGGGGUAAGUGGCAUAUGUUUUUUAUUACUCUGAAUACUGUUGCCAUUUGCUGUCGUUGCAUACCAUGUUCAAUUGCUUCUGUAUGUGCUGGAACUACCAACAAUGAAGUGAACAAACAUUUAGCGAAAUUAAUGUCACGUCUGCCUUCAUUGUAAAACAUGUUUAAACCAAAGUAUACUUUUCUCCCAUGCAUUUCAAUGCAAAUACUGGUAUUUCAUUUACUGUAAUGUAGAACAUAAUCUUUUAUUAAAGAAAAUUAAAGCCAUAUCUAU